AUGGCUGGCAGCGCGCCGUUCAUUGGUCAUGUUGCCAAUGAGCGGGGAACCGAUAUCAAUACAAUCGUGUCUUUUCCUGGAGUUUACGAGGCAGAGUGGCAGAUGCUGGUAGAGAGUUCCGCACGGGAACAGAUCUCCGGACAACGAAGAGAGACGGGAAGCACUGCCUGUGUUUUUCUGCCGCAAGGAAGCCCUUACUUUGGGCAACACAGCCACGACACGUCGGAUCCCAACAGCGAGGAAAGGAAUUGCUGGUGCCACAACUUGUACGGCCGGGAAGAAGAGUUCGGAUGUAGGUGGUUCGAGGAAUGGAGGAAACAGCUGGAGAAAGCGAUUGACAGGGAUCACUCACUCGUCGUGGUAACUAAAGCGCUGGAAGAUGUGGCACAGGGCACAGACGAGCCAGACCCAGCAGCGCUCGCAUACCAGCGGCCUUGGCCCCCAAGGCUGAGAUGCACCCCUGCUAACAGAGAUCUGCCUCAUCUGGGAGUCUCGCAGCGAGGGGAAGUAGCAUAUGUCGCGCACAUCUUGAAAGAGAGGAUGUUCACCAGAUCCAGAAUGGUGACGUGUGGUAUUCGGAAGUUUCAAUGGAAACUGUCUCGAGAACUUCGUCGCAUAGAUGACGUGGAUCCAAACGAUCCCAAAUUCAAACUCUUGGAGCACCGGCAAGAGAUGCAACAUGAUGUGUGGAGAGCGACUGGGCUUGGACUGUGUAUCAGGGUGAGAUGUGAGUCUCUGUCUGUGUUCUAUCAAAGGGUCUUCAGAAGCUAG